GUUAUGUAUGUACGUACGCGCGGUUAUGCGUCGCGGAUGACGAUAAUUACAAUUUCCUCGCGUAAUUGGUUUCACGACGAUCAUUAGGUAUGCGCUGACCUCGAGCAGAGAGGCACUUCUCGCACGCGUGAUUCGUUUUUAUCGACGGCGAGAACGGAAAAAAACUCCGGUGGCGCGAGCCACCGUGUUACGCAGCAAUAUCGUCACGAGUCAUCCGCGGUUAUCUGGCACGACACGACGGGACAGGUCCGAGGGGAUCGUAAAUGAGACCGAAUGAACUGAUCGCGCUCCGUACCGAGGGAUUCGUAACAGCGUCGCGAGCGAACGAUGUACACGUGGAAGCUGACCGGUCAUGCUCUCAGAAGGAUCAACACCGGCUGUUACGGCUGCGGUGACGGCGGUAGGUUAGCGCUCGUUCUGCAACACUGCGGCGGCCCGAGGACGCAGGGUCGCGGCAAAUUCGGCAGCUACCGCAGGAGGAUAAGCUCGUGGUUUCGGGAGCAGGGCACGCAGGUGGCCCAGGCCUGCAAGAGGCAGUUCGAGUUCGUGGCGGCCCAGCGGAUCAGGCGGUACAUACAGAUAUUCCACCUCUACACGAGGAUAUGGGACGAGGUGGCACUGAGGGAGUUCAUGCGCCUGUGGAGGCUCAGACUCGCUAGAAACGCCAAGAACUUCCUGAUAAGCGCGGCCGGCGUGAGCGUGUACAACUGGGAUCGCGACAGGAUAAGCGACGAAGAGAUUAAUAGGUAUAACAGUGAGAUCGAAGGAAUUUAUAGAUUACGAGACUCUACAGUGGUCUGCACAAAGUGUAAUUUGCGUAUCAUUAUCGACACUGUACAGCCUGAUGUGAAAUACUGUAAAUGUAGUGGAGUCCAGUCUCCCGCCGCUUCUAAUGAAGACUCAGGUGGCUGGCAACCUUUUAUCGAGCGUCAGGAUAUGUUAAUAUGGAGGAAAAUAGAGCCUGGUUCCGGUGGAUUAUUUGCUUAUAAAGUUUACGGUACAUUCUCCGAUGUUACUGCCGAAGAUUUUCUGCAAGUACAAAUCGACGUAGAUUAUAGAAAGCAAUGGGAUCCGACUGCUCAAGAGUUACAGAUUAUUGAGACUGAUCCAAAGUCCGAAUCAUCUGUUAAUCGUAGUACUGAUGUUAUCCAUUGGGAAAUGAUCUGGCCUAAAUUAUUUUCUAACAGAGAUUACGUGUAUCAACGACGAUGGGUCAUGGAUGGAGAGAAGGGACUUGUAGUCAUUGUCAGUCGAGUGACGGAACAUCCGAAUAUACCAGAAAGGCGGGGAAUUUAUAGAGUCAAGACAUAUUGGUCAUACAUGGUGAUAAAGCCGUAUACCGAAUUUCACGAGCCAGGCAUUGAGUUUGGGCUUACUUACUUUGAUGAUCCUGGAGUCGCUGUACCAUCUGCUGUCACUGCUUGGGUAGCACUGAGAGGUUUACCAGACUUUCUAAUUCGCAUGAGAGAGGCCUCAAAGAAAUACCAAAAAUAUAAACUGAUGAAGAAAAAUGCACCUGACGGUCUCACUUUAUCUGAAGAGGACGUUUCCAAGGAGCAAAUCGAAGUAGAAGAUAAGUUAAAAAACGAUAAGACAUUGACGAAAGAUCAUAAAGAUCAACAGGACGAUUCUACUAAUGAUUCUACUAACAAGUUGGAUCUAACACAUGGUGUACAGCAAGAAGAUGACUUGGCGGAAAGUGAAAAUAAGGAUGCCACUACUGCACCCAAAGAACAGCAAGGUUUACUACAUUAUUUCUAUCUUACGAAAUUAUUUGCAUUUUUGGAUCUUUGACAAAUAGAUUUAAUGAAGUAACUUUUGGCUAGUAGAUGUUUUAACAUGAUUUCGCGCAUGGAGGAAACAAUAAUCCGCCAGUAAAACUAUAAAACAGAUUCAUGGAUGACAUAGUGGAACAAGUGAUAUUUUAUUAACGUAUAUUGGAUGAUAUGAUUUCAUAGACAAUAAGAAUGAAAUUGUGUGAAUAUAACAACUAUUCAACUUUUUUUUUUAAUGGUAUGGUUUCCAUUUUUUAUAAAAAGGAGAAACAAAAAUACUAAGCAAGAAGUGAGACUGAUUAGGUAUGUCCAUCGCCUUUAGUCCAUUUAUUCAUCAAAAAUUUGCAUUAUUAUGUGUCGUAAUGAACAAAGAGCAAGCAGAAUGUAUUCUGAUUUUUAAGAUUGUUGAAACGUAAUAUGUUGAGAGCUACUUAAAUUUGAAAAUUUAUGUAGCAAAAAAAUAUUUGUACAAAGCAAAUUGAAUUUAUUAUAUCUCUACAUAGUAUGAGACAUAUAAGAGAUAUUUGUAUAAUGUAUAUAAUUAUGCAGGGUACAACUAAAAGUUAAGCUAAACUUUAGGGGCACAGUUUUCACAUCUUGAAGAUGAAAAACUUUUCUUUUAGCUAUUGCUAAAUAUUAAACAUAUGCCUAUUUGACUUUAAGUACAAAAAAUAUACACUAAUUGAGCUAAAAGAAAAAAACUUUUAAUGAGCAGUUCAAUCAGAAGAAUAUGUACAAGAUGUACUAAAAGAUAAAACAAGACAUCUUGUGUGCGCCACGAAAAACCUAAUAGGUACGAAUAUUAAUAGACUCUCAAUAUAUACAGUUUUAUUUUAUAAAUUUAUUUAUAAUUGUAGUAAAACAUUCCUAAAUUUUGUUUAUUAAUCAAUAUUAAGGGGAUCCUGGAGGGAUAACCGAAUUCUAUAUGACAUUGUCAGUUUAACGACGAUUUAUGUAUAUAUAUUUAUAGAUAUUAAUGUAGUAACGUGUAGUAAUGUGUUUGUGUUUACUACCAUAUCAAUAUCGCUUACAUACAUCGUAAAAAAUUUUCGUAUAUAGGUUUCGCGAAAAUUAGAUAUCUAAAUCUAAUUCUAAGAAUUUAAUAUAGUUUCUUCAUAUAAUCUAUUAAAUUAACCAUCGUUUUAAGUACAAAUUACAGAGUUUUUAUAUCAAGCACAUGUCAUGACUUGACGGCUCUAAACUCACGCCGGCCAUAUAGUGCUAAGAAAUGAUAAAGUCUGAAUUACAAAAAUUUUUUUCGUUUUCGGUAUAAACUCCGGGCACCCGACAUUAAUGCAUAUACUUUAAUUCUGGAACAGGAAUUCCAAAUCUAUUAAAGUAAUAUGUUAAAUUUAUUAAAGAAAACCCUAUACAAAAAUUAUUGCAUUUAAUCGGUAAAACAGACAUAUCUCCAGGAUAAUGAUCCCUUUAAUAACGUUAAUUAAUACAUUGAAUGAUACAUCACUGCAUGUAACAUAAAUCUAUUUGUCAAAUCAUAGACAUUUAUGAAAAAAUUGUUGAAAUAUGACGUUGCAGUAUGGAAGAAUAAUGAUACAUUCGCAUAAUGGUGCAAGACACAAAAUUACGCUUAGAUUUUGCAUGUACAGUCCAUUGGAUUCAUCUAAUUUGUUGUUGGUUUAUAUAACUUAUUCAAUAUCCUUUAGGCGAUGGUGUUCAAAUCUCAUGUCAUUAAGUAUAAUGUAUAUCUGUGGAGAAUUUCUUUGUGCGAAGAAUUUUCUCUGUGAACAGAACUGCCAGUAACUUUUAAGUAUGAACAGUAAAAGACAGCCUUAUGAGAUGGAAAUGCAGAUAAAAUUUGUGAAUUACAGAAAUUUAAGCAAAUCUUCUCAAUAAAUGUAUUUUUAUCAACAGUAUUAAAACUUCUCAAUGACACGAAAUUUUACCUAUCACUAUCUAAGAGAUAUUGGAUAAGUUCCAGUGUUAAAUGUAUAUUAACUUUUAGAGGAUGGAAGAGAAUUCAGGCCCGGUUUCACAAAUGAUAGAUUAACUUUAAUUUCGGUUUAACUUACUGUUUAUCUGUUUCCAAUUCUUAGAUUAGAAAAAAAUAAAGUGAAUUGAACUUCGGUUAAAUCGACUUAACCAUGAAACCAAGUUUUAAUUUUAAUACUUACAGUUUUUCCUUGAGUAAGAUUUAUUAUAUUCAUUAUAUUCCUAGCUUAAAAAUGUAACAGUUUCAGAUUCACUAUAGUGACUUCUCGUCCUGUAAAGAUUAAUACAUUCUAAUGUACUAUAUCAAAUGUUAUUUUAAUGAUAUAUAUUGAAUUAAAAAAUAUAUUAAUUUAAAUAUACUGAAUGCCUAUGCGAGCCGAUACAGGUGUUAAUAAUUUUUAUUGUUACGAUAUCCAACCACAUACAAACUGCGCACCUCCCACUUGAAAGAGGAUUCUUAUAGAUGCAUAUUAGCAUCAAAAGAUAUUAAAUUGCUCUUCAAUUUAAUUCGUUACAAGUGGAUUCCGACUUCAUGUAAGAACUGUGUUUCAAGACCGACAAAAAUUAUGGCGCGCAGUUUGUGAUUGGAUAUUGUAACAAUAACAAUUAUUACACACCCGUAUCGGCUCGCAUAGGCAUUAUUUUAGUAUAUUUGAUUUAAUCUUACGAACCUAAUUCCUUCAAAUUAAAUUUAUAUUAAUUUAAUUAAUGUU